CGCUAGUUCGGGUUACGUUCCCUGAAGUCACACACGUGUUUAAGUUAUGCUUUAGUUUUAAAGCCGUGGGACAUCAGGUGAUGCUUAAACAAAACCCGACCAAACCACCAACUCUUGCUGGGAUGCCUCUGUCUGCGAUAGAAACUGCUGUCAUGGCGUAAGCUGCAGUCUGCAGUGUUUUACGAAGACAGAAUGACUGGUCAAAGUCCUGCGUCUUCCUCCUCGGGUGAGGGCAUCACUCCGGUUCAACAGAUGGUGGCGUCCUGCUCCGGAGCCGUCCUCACCUCUCUCUUCGUCACUCCUUUGGAUGUUGUGAAGAUCCGACUACAAGCACAGAAGAAUCCCUUUCCUAAAGGCAAGUGCUUUGUUUACUGCAAUGGACUGAUGGACCACAUCUGUGUGUGUGAAAAUGGUAACUCUAAAGCCUGGUAUAAAGUACCUGGUCGCUUCAGUGGCACUUUGGAUGCUUUCAUCCAGAUUGUUCGACAUGAAGGAAUAAAGUCACUGUGGAGCGGUCUGCCCCCAACUCUCGUGAUGGCCGUCCCAGCGACCGUCAUCUAUUUCACGUGUUACGACCAGCUGUGUGCGGCACUGCGGCAGCGGAUGGGAGAGCGCGCUCAGGAGGCGCCUCUGCUGGCAGGAGCCAUAGCCAGAGUGGGGUCAGCGACCGUGAUCAGCCCGCUGGAGCUCAUCCGCACCAAGCUGCAGUCCCAGAGGCAGUCGUACCGGGAGCUGACGAGCCUGAUCGGCUCGGCCGUGAGGACGGAGGGCUGGCUGUCCCUGUGGAGGGGCCUGGGCCCCACGCUGCUCCGGGACGUGCCCUUCUCCGCCAUGUACUGGUACAACUACGAGAUGGCCAAGAGCUGGCUGUGCGAGCGCUACGACGCCAGAGAACCCACGUUUGCCAUCACCUUCGCGUCCGGAGCCACGUCCGGAUCCAUUGCCGCUGUUGUAACUUUACCGUUUGACGUCGUCAAAACGAGAAGACAAGUGGAGCUCGGAGAGCUGCAAGCCAAACAUUUGUCAAGUCGGCUGUCGUCGUCCACCUUCAGCGUGAUGAGCAGGAUCGUGGCUCAAGACGGCUUCACUGCCCUGUUUGCAGGUUUUCUUCCCAGGCUGAUCAAAGUGGCCCCGGCCUGUGCAAUCAUGAUCAGCACCUACGAGUUUGGAAAAGCCUUUUUCCGUAAACACAACCAGGAGAGGAUAAUUGGGACACUUCAGACCUGAUGGAUUUCUCCCAGAGAUGAACGAAACAACCACUACAACCACGAAAGGAAAAAAAAAAAAAAUCCAAAUUGAAAGAAUGCACAGAAAGCUGAACACA